CAAGGUUUAAGACUACGAAAAUUCGGCAUCUGGAUGUUUCAAAAGUGUAUUUGCUGUAUUGCCAAGUUAGAGAGAACAGCAGGGAAAUAUCAUGGGGAAAAAAGUAAUUUUGUUUCUGAUUGUUGGGGUCCUUGGGGCAUAUUACAUUUACACUCCUUUCCCAGAUAAUAUCGAGGAGCCUUGGAGACUGAUGUGGAUAACCACAAAUUUGAAAAUGGCCGUACAUGUGGCUUGGUUUGCUGAAGUCUUGGGAAUCAGCCAUUUCAUGGACACUGUACAAUUCUUUAUGAGCCUUCAAGAUGUCCCCGUCACAUCUGAUGAAAAUGUCACUGUGAUGGAGACAACUUUCAAUAAUGUUCCUGUCCGCGUAUAUGUGCCAAACCGAAAGUCAGAGAUACUAAGAAGGGGUUUGUUUUAUAUCCAUGGUGGUGGCUGGUGUUUGGGGGAUGCUGGUAUGUGUUCCUUCUACAGACUAGCACCUAAAUAUCAUUUUCCAAGUCAAUUUGAAGAUGUAUAUAAUGCAUUAAGGUGGUUCUUACGCCAAGAUGUUCUUGAAAAAUAUGGCGUAGAUCCUGAAAGAAUUGGUGUUUCUGGAGACAGUGCUGGUGGAAAUUUGGCUGCAGCAGUGGCUCAACAGGUAUGA